GUCUUUGAAGGCAGGGAAGCAGUCACGCGCUUCAAAGGGGAGAGACUUCAGCGAGUCAGUGCAUGAAAGUGAACGAGAACGAUUCGUUCACUUAAAAGAUUCGUUCUGAAACACCAUGCUCCACUGUGAUUCACUUCGAGACAUUUAGCUACAUAUUUUGGAUACAGUGUUGGAUACCGUUUUUGCGUGAAAAAACUUAAACUGAUGUUCACAGCAGACCCCAGAACCUCACCAGUGGAAACUUUUUAGUCACGGAAACAUUGUUCUUCUGGGUUUCUGGUUUUGGAUCCUUUGCUCUGUUCCAUGUAGUUUCAGUGGUUCGCGGUCCCGUAUAAGCUUGGUGUAUCAGAACCGCCGUUUUAAUAUGUUUUAAGGCAUCUGUUUUCAUCCGCUGGAAUCAUCUCGUGCGAACCUGCCAACGCCUUAUCUCUGCGUUAUUCUUCAGGCUGAAGGAAAAUUACUACAACGUUCAGUAUUAAAGGUUCUUAUUAAUCGUUUUAUAAACACAUUUCGCAAAAUGGGUUGCACGUUAAGUUCUGAAGAUAAAGCAGCGAUGGAGAGGAGUAAGAUGAUUGAUCGGAACCUGCGAGAGGACGGAGAAAAAGCAUCCAGAGAAGUCAAACUACUGCUGCUCGGUGCUGGGGAAUCAGGGAAGAGUACAAUAGUUAAGCAAAUGAAGAUCAUUCAUGAAGAUGGCUACUCAGAUGAGGAGUGCAAGCAGUAUAAAGUUGUGGUUUAUAGCAACACUAUUCAGUCCAUCAUCGCCAUUAUCAGGGCCAUGGGCCACUUAAAGAUCGACUUUGGGGAUCCUUUAAGAGCGGAUGAUGCUCGGCAGCUCUUUGUGCUCGCCGGCACUGCAGAGGAAGGAGUCAUGACCCCUGAGCUCUCUGGGGUCAUCCGCCGGCUGUGGAAGGACGAAGGAGUGCAGACAUGUUUCGUCAGAUCACGAGAGUAUCAGCUCAAUGAUUCAGCAGCCUACUAUCUAAAUGAUCUGGAUAGGAUAUCCCAGCCCACCUACAUGCCCACUCAACAAGAUGUGCUGAGGACUCGAGUCAAGACCACUGGCAUUGUCGAAACACACUUCACCUUCAAAGACCUCUACUUCAAGAUGUUUGAUGUUGGUGGGCAGCGCUCAGAGCGGAAGAAAUGGAUUCAUUGUUUUGAAGGCGUCACUUCUAUUAUCUUCUGUGUGGCACUCAGCGACUAUGACCUGGUGCUAGCUGAAGAUGAAGAGAUGAACCGUAUGCAUGAGAGCAUGAAGCUUUUUGACAGCAUCUGCAACAACAAAUGGUUCACAGACACAUCCAUCAUUCUCUUCCUCAACAAGAAGGAUCUGUUCGAGGAGAAGAUCAAGAGAAGUCCACUCACGAUAUGCUACCCAGAAUACUCUGGAACAAACACAUAUGAGGAGGCAGCGGCCUACAUCCAGUGCCAGUUUGAGGAUCUGAACAGAAGUAAGGACACAAAGGAGAUCUACACACACUUCACUUGUGCUACGGACACCAAGAACGUACAGUUUGUGUUUGAUGCGGUCACUGAUGUCAUCAUCAAGAAUAACCUCAUAGAGUGUGGCCUCUAUUGAAGCAUCAUCUGUCUGCUAAGUUAUUUAUGGAAGAUUUCCAAGGUUCACUGGCUGGUUGUUCCUGGUUUUGCCUGGUGGUGAAUGAACAAGAAAGACCUCCUCCCCACUGCGUGCGUUCUUCACGCUAAAUGCGGUACCUAUGCCCAUGGACAUUUUUCCCCAUCCUUUCUUAAUGACAAUCUGUUAUGGACAUUAUUUCUUUGCCACUUCCCUUUAGUCGUUAUUUUAUUGCCAAUACAGCUUCAUUCUGUUCAUUUCCUGUUUCUUCUGUAGGUAUUACAUAACACACCACUAUGCAUAGAUCAUAAUCCACAAUGGAUGGUAAUAUUUGCCUCUACUAACCUCCAUUGCAUCAAAGAUCUUUGUUUUUUUAACACUGCAAACAGUAUUUCGAUCUGAGUCCUUUUAAUAACAAUGUGUGGGUUCUUAUGGGAAAGUUACCAUUUUGCCAUGUUUUUCAUAGUGAUUACUUAGCUAUUUUAUAAUUUUUUUAGGUCUGUCUUUAAGUUUGCAUAUAUUUGCAUACAUAAAAGAAUUUCUUCAAAUUAAGCCACUAUGAUGAGUGAAAUUAAGCUAGUGUGAGAACUAUUGUUGUAUAUUGUGUUAUAUUAUUGUCAUACCUUUAGUAAUUCACAGCCCAAUCAUACAGCAACAGGACACCAUUUUUUCCACUAAUUAGACAUGGAUCCUUUUAUAUAACACUUUAUAUAACACACUAUUUUUGUAUCUCUUGAGGACCAGUAAAGGUGUGAACAAAUGUUUUUCUCACAGACACAUUUCUAAAUGGUGCAAAAAUAAUGACCCUCUGUUGGGUCAAGAACACUUGGGAACAAAUGCCAUGAAAACAGAACAUGAUCGCUAGAUUUGCAUUCUUGAUGAGUAUAGAUUUUUUUUAAGACUUAUUUGAUGAUAUUCUGUUUAAUCCUGUGGAUUUCAGUAUUUUUAAACGAAAUGACACAAUGUGAUCUGGUUUGUAAUACCUAUAUUUAACAUGAAAAGGGUUGACAUCAAGUUCAAUGUCCAUAAUAUCUUGCUCCCGGAACACGCCAAACAGCCAGAGUUGCCUGUAUGUGCAAGACAGACAUUAUCCAUAUAUUAUGUAAAAAGUAUGAUAUUCAAGUGCUGGUACAUUUAUGUUCUCAGUCUGGAUUCAUGCAACAAUCUGUGAUUUCUUUUCUAUAUCACUGUGCUUUAUUUUAUUUAACUAUUUCAGGUAUUUUAAACAUAAAGGUAAAAGUGAACAACUAACAUUAAUGAUAGCACUGAAUCACUAAUAUGCUAAUAAUUUGGUUUGUUUAGUUUUCUGAACUCCCUUCUAUUGAGUAUUAUUUAAAACCUCUUAUUUUAAAAAGCUUUUCUUUUUUUUUUUUGGUCAUGUGUUACUGUCUAUAGUACAAUGUCACCAAUUGCUGCAGUUUUGAGAAAAUACAUAUGUUACCCUGGACCACAAAACCAGUCUUAAGUCGCUGAGGUGUAGCAAUAUCCAAAAAAACAUUGUAUGGGUCAAAAUGAUCGAUUUGUCUUUUAUGCCAAAAAUCAUUAGGAUGUCAAGUAAAG